CAUCCUGGUGCUCGCCUGCUGACGGUUGGGCUUCCAAUCUGCUGGGCUGGCAGAACGCUAUUGCGGAAGCGCCAUGACUGACUGCAGGAUGAGAGACAGACUUGGGACAAAAUCUGAAACUGUGAAAUAGAGCUCUUUCAAUUAGGAUCGCCCUGAAAUGGCAGACCACUGAACUCUUUAACUGCGGUAGAUGCUUACUAAAUUAUUCUGGCAUUUAGUUAAUGCAUUGUUUUUUAAAUGUCUCUGCUACUGAGCCUCUUAAGACAACUGUUGGAAUAUUAUGGUGUGCCACCUGAAGUGGUCUUACAAAGAUGCGAAAUUUGUCUUUAUCGUAUUGCUCGAAUGUUCAGAUCUCAUCAUCCUUUAAAUACAUUUUCUGAAAUACUCUUCCAGCAGUUGCGUGCCAUCUCAAGAAGCUAUUUGAUGUCCUGGUCUUGGGAAACAAAGAAAUAUGGAUCUACUCGAAGUUUUGUUCGCAGACUGGGAAAAAUUAUUUCGCUAGCCCCUUAUCCAAGGGCUCACAUUCAGUUGGUCCGGUGUCUAAAUUCCUUGGACUCCAUGGAACAUAGCAUUGUUAGUUCUGUUACACCCUCCCUUGCUGACGUUUUGUGGAUUCCAAAUGGUAAUGGAGAGUCAUCUGCUAGAUUUAGAUUUGAUGAACAGGCAGAAUCUGUGCUUCUAUCUGCAGCAUCUUCAAAAAGAACAGCACCGAAAGCAAUUGUUGAGAAUGGGAAUGCAAUCAAAAAAAUUUCUGCACUGGAGGAAGAGUUAAGUCACCUCCGUGCACAGAUUGCUGCAAUUAUUUCAGUGCAUGGAGCAAGAAGUUAUCAUUCAUUAGGUUCAGAUACAGUGAAUUCAUCAAAUACUCCCUGGAGUACUUUUCCACAGUCAGCGAUGACUUCCACACCAGCUUCUAUUUCGCCUUGUACCACAGUCAUUCCACCACCACCACCACUUCCAGAUGCACUUCCAUCUCAACGUGACCCCCAUAUUUCAACAACUGAACUAAUAAAACAACGUCGAGCUGCAAAUAAGAUCAAAGAUGUUAACGGUGGAGCUAGAUGCCAGAAGGCUGAGGGUGUUCCCAGUAUGACAGAUGUUCUGAAGGAUAUAAAUAAGGUCAAAUUAAGAGCUAUUGAGAGGUCGCCUGGAGGUACACCUUUACCCAAAACCAAGAAAGUAAAUAGAUUACAGUGGGAUCCAGCUGCUUUAAUAGCCAAAGCUCUGAAAGAGAAAUUUGCAGCCCACAGCAGUUAUGAUGAUUCAUUUGAUAAAGAGAACAGAUCCUCUGAUGCUUCUCCAUUUUCCAGUCCAGAGACCCCAGUAAUUGGCCAUCACAUUUUGAAGCCUAAUACCAAACAAGCACGGAUUAAAGCUGAGGAAUUCAAACAAGUAUCAGCUACAAGAGCAAGAACUCCUGUUUAGAUCCCUGUUGUAGAAUUUUUGGAACUGUUUAGCAUAGUUGUAUCUGGCAAAGCUGCUUUGUCUUCAUUUCAGUUUGUAUGGCGCACGCAGAAUCUUUUAAAUAAUUUUAUGUGAUGUAUUCCAGCAGUCAGCUCUGUUAACGAGGCAUUUGUUUUGUAUAAUAUUUUAUCAGCUGGGACACUUUUGGUUUUAUAUAAAUGUUUUAGGCUGGCAUGCAACAUUUCAGUGGGAUGAGUGAAAAUAUUUCAAGAGAAUAGAAACAAAAUGUAGACUUUAGAGAAUGGAAACAAAAUAUAGAUGUGGAUCCUUUGGAAUGUAUAAUUAUCCAGUUGAAAUGUUAAUUAGAUUAAUAUUAAGAUACAAACAGUU